AAGAGAGAGGGGAAAGGAGUGUGUUCAUACAUCUGCAAUGGCCAUUGAGCUACUCUCUGGUUUUAAAUAUGGUUCGGUUUUGUCUCUUGCAGUUGUGCUGCUGGCGUAUUGGUUCCGAUCGCCGGACGGUUCGAUUCUGGACGAUAGACUGGACGCCGUUCUUUCUUCAUUACUGCGAGCGGAGCAGAAAGUAGACAUGAACGUGUCCAGACCGCGAGUGGCCAUCGGGUUUGGCGGUUGUGUGGAUAUCAUAGUGGAUGGAGUGGCUCUGCUAAACAAAAUCGGUCUGAAGCCGACGGAUCAGCCCCUCCACCACGACUACAUAGAGAAUGCAGAUCAGCUGGCCCAGAGUUUUGCUUAUUUUUUCUCACCUGGAGCUGCUUCAGAGAGGUUUAUGAUGAAUGACACUCUCUUUAGUGAACUGGUGGAAGCUUCUCGUGAAUUGCCAGGAAACAGGUGGUCUAUAGGAGGAAAUGCACCUGUCAUGGCCAGCAGGAUGGCACUAGAAGGGUGUGAUGUGCUUUUAGGGGGAAGUUUCAGCACAGAAUUCACCGAGAUUCUGUCUCAGCGCAUCACAGUGGCAGGAAACACUGUGGAUGAGCCAGAUAUCCAUCUGAUAAUGGAGUACCCUACAGGUGCCACAUGGGGGCCAUAUACCUCCCGAAGGGCCAACAGGUACAUUGUCCACAGUGAUGACCAUAAUCCAUACCUAGACUCCAUGGAGCAAUUUCAGGAGAAGCUGAAGGGAUAUAACCCAGAUCUUCUUGUGGUUGGAGGGCUACAGAUGAUGGACAGCUUCCCUUUCAAACAUGGAGAGCGUGAGUCUUUGUUGGGAAAACUGGCACAGAUGCUGUCCUCCGCGUCCCCACAGACCGCAGUCCAUUUCGAGAUGGCCAGCUUUGUGGACGAAGGUCUGAUGUCUGAUCUACUGGAUUUUGUUCUUCCACAUGCCGACUCUUUGGGCAUGAAUGAGCAAGAGCUUCCCAAUCUCCUGAGCCUUUUCCGUGGCAGCAACUUGACCGUGCUGUCCGACCCCAACCCUCGUGUAGCCACCGUGCUGGACCAGAUGCGGGAACUCUACCGCCUGGUAAACCAGCGCCACCAGGAAGCCGAGACAGGCCGCCCGCUCACACGCCUCCACGUCCACACGCUGGCUUUUCAGGCUAUCAUCGUCAAGCGUGGCUCCCUGUGGAAGAACACCAUGUCAGCCACGGCCAAAGCCUCUCUAACGGCCAACCGCCACGUUUGUGGCUCGCCGGACAUUGACCUCAGUAAAGCGCGGUUGAUCAUGGAUGAAUCGUUCUCAGUGAGCAGACAAGAAGGCAGCCAGAGGAUCCCACUUAAAGAAUCGCGACCUGUUUCUUGUUGGGAUGAGGGAGACUAUGAGAUUUGUGUGGCGCCUGUGCUAGUGUGCACCGAGGUGUACCAGACGGCUGGAGGAGGGGACAACAUUUCCGCCGCUGGGCUCGUACUGCAGAUUUGAACAAAAAAAGCAUGUUCGUACAGUGCGGACAUGGAUGAGAUAUUCUUCGUUCCACAUGCUUUGGUUUUAUUUUGAGAUUUUUGCUAUUCUUUUUUUUUUUUAUUGAUUUUAUUUUAUUUUUCGUGGUAAAGGCAUAGAGACACAUCAUGUACAAUAUAAACAUUGGGUCCAAACGAUAUAUAGUUGGGCGAAUCUCACGAAACCUCUCAAGAUCAUGUCCGGGUCACAUUUCACCACAAAAUCAAAAGAAAGAAAUUAUAUUUUACAGAAAGAAAAUUGUUUGCAUUGUGACAUAUAAUGACUGUCAAGCUAAUUUAGCCUCCGAUUCUUAUGAAGGAAUUUUCAUUACUGUAAUGCGUGAAAAUAUUAUGGUAUAAGAAUGAGUUUAUACAGUAUUACUACAUUGUGGUAGCAUUUAUUGUACUGCCUUUAUUCGAAGUUACUGUAUUACAAUAAUAAGAUAAGAAUCACCAUUGACAAUAAUGAGAUUAAAAAAAAGAAUGUAUAAUGGUAAAGUGAUUUUGGGGGGCAAAUGUGCUUGAUUGUCAUGAAAAUUACAUAAUUGUCAAUAAUUAUGAUUAUCAAUAAUUGUUGUAAAAUGUCACAAUGAAAAUAAUCAUAAUGUUCUAAAAAUGAUAUAAAAUUAUUUUUAUAUAAAAAAACACAUUUUCACACACACGUGUGUGUGUGUGUGUGUGUGUGUGUGUGUGUGUGUGUGUGUGUGUAUCUAUAUGUGUGUAUCUGUGUGGGUGUGUGUGUAUAUAUAUUUAUAUGUGUGUGUAUACAUAUAUAGGCGAAAUGUGACCUGGACGUGUUUUCGUGAGAUUCAUCCACCCCACCUGUAGGUCACUGUUUCCCGUUACCAAAACAUAUUAAACAUCACUUAUACAUUGUCACACAAUAAUGUCUUAAAAUGUGUUCAGAAUCAUUCACUUCACUCACAUUAUGCCACUAAUCUUCUAAAAUACAAAGAAUAAUGUCAAGCACCCAGAGCUCAUUAUAUAUAUAUAUAUAUAUAUAUGUGUGUGUGUAUUAUGGCUGAAAUCAAUUCAUUGAAUGCACAAAAGCCCUGUGUUUAUCACAAGUGAAAAAGCAUCAAACUUUAGCCUAACUGAAGCGUUAUGGGGUGUUUCAGACAAUUUUGGUUCAACAUCAAUAUUUUACUUAGCACAGCUUCCUUAUUGGUAGUGUUUUAUUUCUGCCUCUACCAUUUUAUGCUCUGCCUACUCAAGUCAUGUGAUUUUAUUUGUCUUAAAGCAGCCAUGUUGAAUUUUCUACUCUUUUUGCAUUCCAUAUCUUCAUCAUAUUCCACCUUUCUGUCUUCCGCUCUUAUUUUAUCACAUUAUCAUGUCUUAUUUAUCAUGUUUUUGACUCCGUUCAGAAACGUAUCUACCUUACUAUUGCUUGCUAAUAUAUAGUAUACUGUGCACACCCUGAUGACCUAUGACUGCAAAUAGUUGAGACAUUUUUACACAAUUUUUAUUUCCUAGAUGAUAACUGGACAAAACUCAAUGUUUAACUAAAUUCAAGUUAACUAAAAAACAUGCCACAUGAUGACGAAAUUAUGUAACUACAAUUUGAAAUGUUUAUUGCGGAAUAAUGCCAACUGUUUCCCCUACUAUUAAAACAAAUUGUGGGCAGUCUACAGUAGGUAGUAAACUAGUAUUCUAUUUCGAACAUAAACUUUAUCUCAUUUCCUAACAGUCUCAAUGAAUGAAUGCUAAAACAUGUCUCUUUUUCUGUUAAUUGGGGCACGUGGCUUGAUUUUAACUGAUGGUUAAAGGGAAAUGUUUUAAAAGUAUAUUUGUCAGAAAGAGAGUUUUCUCUUUUUAUUAUUAAAGGUGAAACAGCAUGAGGCAUCUAUUCUUAAAAUGGAUGUAAUAUGAAACCAAAACCACUUGUUUCCUUACGAACAAUUUUCAAUGUUUCAAAAACUACCUGCAUUUACAAAGUUGUAGGCGAAGGAUUUGAAGGACUUGCUUUGGUUGAACCAAUGGUGAUGGUGUAGUAAUAUACAGAAAUGUCCAAGCAAAUCUGGCUUCCAUUCUGCAUAGUCGCAUCUUCCACUAGUCACCCUGAGUGCAAACGAUUACCUACCUCCUGUGCCUAUGAUAAUUUAUACAGAUGAACUGAUGUCUGAAUUAUAAUGUAUACCUGCAUUUGUUUACAUGAGGGUACAUUAGAGUGCUUGUCUAUGCUAGUGUAACCCGAUAUUGAACAGGAGAUAAUUAUGACCCACCCUGACCGAGAUAUCAGGGUGAGUGCACUUAAACACUCACCAGCUGAUAUAUGAAAUGUCUCAGGGAUUACAGUAGCCUGGAUAGCCUAUGAUCCACAACACUUGAGUUAUAAACUAUUAAGAUGGUGUGAUGAGACUGUUUAUCCAGGAUGAGAUCUGAGCCUGUGAUGUACAUGACCGAAUAAUGGCCCAGUGGAUGAUAUGAAGAAUCUUUAGUGUGAACAAUAGUGAAUGUGAUUAAUUUGUGUAAUUAUAAAGUAAUAAUACAAAUGGGCGUUUAAAAAAUUAAAAAUGAGGGUUUAAUCCUGUAUAAACCAAUUGUAGCAUUUAUAUGGUUAUCCUGAGUGUUGUGCUGGGUAAGCUGGAAUUGUCUGUUUUUCUUUCUUUCUUUUGCUAUGUGAAGAUUUUCAAUGACAUAUGUCUUGAAGGAAAAACAAUCUUGUUUCUGAAUGACUUCUUUAGUUAUGUAUGUAAUAAAAUAUAACAUUCCAUU